AUUUUCUUUGCUGUCGGCUGAAUUGACACUUCCACCAAACAGCCAACAACCAACAGUGGCCUCGAAAGUAAAGGCAAACGUCGUCUUCCUGCUUUUCGACCACAUCUCACACUCAUUUACCAACACCACGCUCAUUCAAACGCAUCCCAGCCUCUCACCGACCCCGACCAACCAUCCUUUCCUUUUUUCUCCACCGGCCUAUCAUCCGAUCAGUGUCAGCCAAGCUACACGACUUUCUUCACCAGCUCCCUAGGUUGAGAGCAAAGUUGCUACGACGAUUUCCCUUCCCUUCUCCCUUUUCAAUCCACUCUUUCACUCGACAUCCUCGCCACACACAUUCGCCAUUCCGUUGACGCAUCCGUGCAUUCAUCUGUGCACUGUCCAUCCUUCCCUUGUAGUCACCGCGAGCUUCUUCCUUACACAUUCAUCACCAUCACUCGAUUCUAAUAGUCACAUGGUCGAUCAGUAGACCUAUUUCCGGCCACACAUAUCCAUAUCCUAUAAUCAGCCCGUAUCGACCCUUGUCGCUCAUUAUACUAUCUCCUCCUCUCCACCGACUGUCUUUAAUCAGCCCUUCCCGACACCUCUUGCUCCAACUGCAAUAAUGAGAUCACACUUGUCAUUGUCAUUAUUGUUUUCUUCCCUCGUGGCGAUCAGCGUCGUAAGUGCAGCUUCUGCCGACGAGUGGAAAGGCAAAUCCAUUUACCAGCUUUUCACCGAUCGAUUCGCUCCAGUCUCCGACACUGCGCCCGCUCGGUCCUCCCCGAUACCGGAUGAAUGUGAUCCCAUCGACCAAACAUGGUGUGGCGGAACAUGGCUGUCUAUCAUUGACAAGCUUGAUUAUAUUUCUGACAUGGGUUUUGACGCUAUUUGGAUUUCUCCCGUUAGUCAAAACAUUGACCGCGAUACCCCCUACCACUAUGCGUAUCACGGUUACUGGGUCAAUGACCCUCGUGCUCUCAACCCUCGUUUCGGCACCGCCGAUGACCUCAAGGCGCUCAGCAAAGCUCUUCACGACAGGGGAAUGUACUUGAUGGUCGACAUUGUCGUCAACAACAUCCCUGGAACCACUGUCAACGAUUCUUUCAGUACCUCUGAUCUUGUCGCUGACGGUUCUAUUUGGACCGAUCCCUCAGAAUUCCACCCUCAAUGUUGGAUCGAUUACAGCAAUCAGACAUCAGUAGAAAACUGUUGGUUGGGUGACGACAAGUUGCCUUUGAUGGACGUUAACACUGAGAACGAGGCUGUCGUCUCAACAUUGCAAGCUUGGAUUUCCAACUUGACUGCUGAGUACGAGAUUGACGGUUUACGUAUCGAUGCUGCCAAGCACGUCCCCGGAGAGUUCUGGACAGGAUUCUGCGGUGCUGCCGGUGUUUUCUGCAUGGGCGAGGUCUACACAGACGACAUUAAUUUUGCCGCCAAGUUCCAAACCCAAAAUUGGAUGGACUCCGUCCUUGGCUACCCUCUCUACUACGGUAUUGUGGAUGGAUUCGGUACUCCAAACGGCAACAUGUCCAGAUUCGUCGACAUUGCUACUCAGGUUUUGGGCACGUUCCCUACCCCCGGUCUCAUCGGUAACUUUAUCGAAAACCAUGAUCUUCCUCGAUGGCGAAACACUACCGCCGACUCUCAGCUGGCUUACAACGCGAUGACUGUUCAGUUCAUUUUUGAAGGUUUGCCAGUAGUGUAUUACGGCCAAGAGCAAGACUUUGCUAGCGGUGCCGGCGAUCCUUACAACCGACAAGCGCUUUGGACUUCCGAGUAUGCCAACACGACUAGUUACAACCACAUCAAGAGGCUGAAUGAGAUCCGACACGCUGUGAUCUCUAACAACACCUUGUUUGACGGAAAGAACUUUUUGGACUCUCAGACCAAGAUCGUGGCUUCGACCGACUAUGAUGUAGCGUUCAGGAAGGGACCUUUGCUUGCUGUCUUGACCAACCGAGGAAGCCCCAGUCAAAACGUCGGGUUUGGCGUGCCCACUAGCGGCUGGCCUUCCCAGUCCAGUGUCGUUGACCUUCUUUCUUGCAAGCAGUUCACUGUUGGAUCUGGUGGUGCCAUGCUCGUCUCUUACUCUGCUUCUGGCUACGGAGGUAUGCCUUAUGUCUUUGCCGCACAGAGCGAUGCUUCGGCAAUGGGAAUUUGCGGUGAUGCUGGCAUGUCAACCUAUGUGUCCCCCAACAUCACCUCGGCUGCUUUCCCCGCGUUGGCACCCGCAACAGGUCUCGGAUCAGCUCUCAGCUUGCCAGCAGCCGUUGCUGGUGCACUGGGACUGAUGUUCAUACUAUGAUACCCUCUUCGCUUUCGACAGAUAGCAAUCCGAUUAAAACGAGGCCCUGUUGCCCAUAUACCCUUAUUCUUAUCGCCAUCAUCCUCGUGUAUUCCACUAAGCACCGUCAAUCCUAUCAUUGUCAUUGGGAGAACAAACAUCACCUACGCAUUAUAAUGGCCUUUAUGAUUAACAUUUUCUAUUUCCUGGCCUUAUAAAGGCAAUCCAGGUGCAGGUGCCGGUGAUGGGAGGUCCUGUCCAUAAGCUCAGCAGACAAACAUCCUCGUUUCCGGUCAUUGAAUAGCAAUAUGAGCGUGUUGUAAUACUAUUA